UCACCAUGUUGGCCAGGCUGGUCUUGAACUCCUGAGCUCAGUGAUCCGCCCACCUCAGCCUCCCAAAGUGCUGAGAUUACAGGCGUGAGCCACUGCGCCUAGCCCAGCCAUGGUAUUAUUUGCAUUUCUAGUCAUGGAAACUCAGAAAAAUAUGAUCCUUUUGCCAUAAGAGCCACGGGGUAGCCUUACAGCAGACGGUUAACUCAAUAGACUUGGGGUGUUCACAUCCAAACCUCUAAGAUCUUGAAUGUCUUGCCUGAUAAGAAUGCCUCUGCAUACCUGGAUCCCUGGGCCCCGCCAGACAGCUGAUGCUCACAACAUGACUGAUGGCAGGGCCUUGAGCCAGGUGGUAUCAGGGGACCUCUGGAGGGGCUGGAGGCUGACUAACUAGCGUCAGUCAUGCAGCUGCUCCAGGCACCGCCAACCUCCAGUAAAACCCUGCUGCCAAGGCUCAGGCCAGCGUCCCUGGUUGUCACACUUCCAUGCUGGGAGAAUGACGGGCAUGCAUAGGCCUCCCCUGGAGUGCUCACUGCAGCCUUCCUCCUGGUCUCUCCUGCACUCUGCCCUGUGUGUCUUUUACUUUGCUGAUGUUAACGUAAGUCCUUUCACUCUGUGAACUCUAAACCCUAACCAUGAGUGUGAUGGUUUUUCUGAGUAGCGGGAGCCCUGCAGGAGGUCUUAUGCACCUGGACUCAGUGGCCCAUUCACAUCUAGUACUGUAGGGCCUGCUUGGUUACCUUGGUUCCCUGAAACAUCUCCCACAAGGCGGGAGACCCCCGCGGUGGGCUCCAGGUAGCUGUGUGGGCCCUGCAGGGCAGCGGGCAGGGAGUGGGGCUGAGAGCCCCUGGGCGGUGCACAGUCUGCGGGUCUGUACAGGAGGAGCACUGCCAGCAGCAGGUUCCACGCUGUCAGGCCCCACCCCGCCCUCAGGAAGGCCUUGCCUGCCUGCUUUAAGGGGACUCCCGGCUGAGGGCCAGACCGUUGGUGCUGGAGGAAGUCAUGGGUGGAGGACAGGGGGCACCAAGCGGGCAGCCAGGAACCCCGGGCUGCAGACAAGAAAGGAACUGGGGGGUCCACCAGGUCUGGGCCACAUCAAGGAAUGUGGUUGAAGACCCGCCAGUAGGAGCUGAAAACCAGGGCGCUGCCAGGCCUGAGAGUCCCCAAACAGCCCUUGGGCCCGGUUUGGGAGGAUGAAGCUGGAGCUCCCACCCCGCCCUGCCUCCAGGGGGCGGCCCGGGCCCGGAGCGAGAGGAGGCAGAGGGGGCGCCAGGCCGCGGGAGAGGAGGCCAUGGGCGCGCACGGGGCGCUGCUGCUGGCGCUGCUCCUGGCGCGGGCUGGACUCGGGAAACCGGGUGAGCUCAGGGCGCUGCUGGCGGGACGGGGGGCAGCGAGGAGGACGGGAAGUGGAGGCUGCGGGGGGCUCACUUCUUGUCUCCUGCAGAAGGCCUGUGGCCGCCGGGAAAUUCACUCGCUGGUGGCGGGCGGAGUGGAGUCCGCGCGCGGGCGCUGGCCAUGGCAGGCCAGCCUGCGCCUGAGGAGACGCCACCGAUGUGGAGGGAGCCUGCUUAGCCGCCGCUGGGUGCUCACGGCUGCGCACUGCUUCCGAAAGCACUACUAUCCUUCCGAGUGGACGGUCCAGUUGGGCGAGCUGACUUCCAGGCCAACUCCUUGGAACCUGCGAGCCUACAGCAAUCGUUACAAAGUGCAGGACAUCAUUGUGAACCCUGACACCCUUGGGGUUCUACACAAUGACAUUGCCCUGCUGAAACUGGCCUCCUCUGUCGCCUACAAUGUGUACAUCCAGCCUAUUUGCGUUGAGUCCUCCACCUUCACCUUCGUGCACCGGCCGGACUGCUGGGUGACCGGCUGGGGGUUAAUCAGCCCCAGUGGCACACCUCUACCACCUCCUUACAACCUCCGGGAAGUGCAGGUCACCAUCUUAAACAACACCAGGUGUAAUUACCUGUUUGAACAACCCUCUAGCCAUAGGAUGAUCCAGGAUUCCAUGUUUUGUGCUGGUGCUGAGGAUGGCAGUGUAGACACCUGCAAAGGUGACUCAGGUGGACCCUUGGUCUGUGACAAGGAUGGACUGUGGUAUCAGGUUGGAAUCGUGAGCUGGGGAAUAGACUGCGGUCAACCCAAUCGGCCUGGUGUCUACACGAACAUCAGUGUGUACUUCCACUGGAUCCGGAGGGUGAUGUCCCACAGUACACCCAGGCCAAACCCCUCCCAGCUGUUGCUGCUCCUUGCUCUGCUAUGGGCUCCCUCACUCCUGCAGCCAUUCUGAGUGCACCAGAAACUGUGAGGCUGCAGUGGGGACCAUAGGAUUGGCUCACCUCCCCUGGGCAGUGGGCACUUCAGGGACGGGGUUGGGACUGCCUGCUGGAUCAGAUUCCAGCCGCUUUUGUCCCAUUUGCUAAUAAAUAUGUAUGCAUGUUCAAGCUGA